UUCCUAUUACUCAAAAGAAAAACAAUUCCCCUAGACACCUAGCGGGAAUAGGGAAAUUCAUCCAAGCUCCUCCCUUCCCACAAUAACAGUCGCGCCACCAACGCACAAACCGCUAGUCGACAACCGGCGUUUGCUACGGCCCUCGGGUACGGCAUCAGUAUGAGCAUCAGCAUCAGCAGCCUUAUUACGCAACUCCGGGGCCGCUAGUCUAGGGACCGCGUCAGCGUCCACGACAUCAACCAAACGCCCCCAACUAUCAACGGCAACCCCGCGAUGCGCCUGAUGACGAUAUCCCAAUCGAGAUAUCGGCGACAUUAUAAGUCUCAAAUAGUAACGAUCAAGGACGAACUCUUCAUGAUUUGAUCUGGAUAGUGUCCCCAUACCGCGCCCGCCUGGCAUCUCGCGACAGCAAACGUGACGCCUCAUCACUGAGACCUCACCCGUCGACAUUUCCGGUCUCGCCCCUCCCUUUCUCCCCCACGCAAACCACCAGCGGCACCAUUAAGACCAUCAUUGACGAGAGUCCGACCUCGACCCGACACGUCCCAUCGACGACGCCGUCGCCGCCAUGGACGGCUUCUCCGUCACGUCCCUCACCACGCGCUGCGCGUCCAUCGCCGCGCGCACCGGCCACGCCGCCAGCGAGCUUGACCUGGUCCUCAAGUGCGUCACCAAAGCAAGCCAGCAGCAGGAGCAGAAGCCACCUCGCCCGGACUCUCGCAGCCUCACCGUCGGCCACCUGCGGGCGCUGCAGCAGGCCGCCUCGCGAUCGCACGAGCGCGCCGCCGCGCUGGAGCAAACGCUGAGCGGCGGCGGCGGCGCUGCUGCCGUCAUAUCGGAGGCGCUGCGAGCCGCCACGGGCGACGUGCUGGCGCGCGGCGACCAGGCGACGGGCUCGCUGCACAAGCAGGCGAUGAGGGUGCAGGCGGACAACGUCGAUGCGGUGGAUGAGGCGUACCUGCGUGCGCUGACAGACUUGCUGGGCGCACUGGCGAUGGCCAUGGGAUACCUCGAUAGGCUGCUCCGGCUUGGCACCAGAGACGAACAAGACGCCCAUCUACGCUCUUCCAAGGGCCAGGGUGUACUCGAUGGCGUGUCGAGGGCCUUUGGUCCUGCCUCGCAGGCUUCUAGCAUCAUCCUCGAUGGCGGGAGCACCACCUCCGUCCCGCCACCGAGCAACCUUCCUAUCCGGUCCAGGGUCCCUAACGAGGCCGUCGACGCGCCCCCUCCAUACGCCGCACAGGAUCCGAGCGGUUCCUCGACGACGACAUCGUCGACCCCUGCAGCCGCCCUCCCGGCAUCCUCUCUUUCCUCCUCCUCUGCAGCCGUAGCCGGGCCAUCCUCCUCCGCCGGCACCAGCGCCUUCGGCGGCUUCGCCAAGUCCAUCAAGGCGCUCGCCUCGGGCCUCAUCGCCACCAAGCCCGACCCCUUCGUCUCGGCGCUCUGCCAGGCCAUCCUGCGCGGCGACGUCCCGCAGGCCGGCGGCCUCAUCGCGCAGGGCGCCAGCAUCACCGGCCGCGACGAGGCGGGCCGCACGCCCAUGCAGUGCGCCGUCGAGGCCGACAGCCCCGACGCCGCGCUGCUCCUCGUCGCCGCCGGCGUGCCCCUCGACAAGCCCGGCCCCGGCUGGAUCAAUGCCGCCCUGCCGCCGCUCUUCCAGGCCGCCGGCGCGGGCGCCCUCGCCGUCACCGAGGCGCUGCUCGCCCGCGGCGCCAGCGUCUCCGCGCAGAGCACCUCUGGGCAGCGCUACUUUGUCGACGUGUGCUGCGCCGCCGCCGCCGCAGGGACCGACGACCAGGACCGGGGCAAGGAUCACGAAAAGCGCCUCGCCGGCGUGGAGCUCCUGCUGCGGCACGGCGCCAAGGCCACUUGGGAGACCAUCUCCGGGCGGCCCGUCCUCGUGCCGGCCGUGAAGCGAGGCAACGUGGACCUCGCGCGGCUGCUGCUCCGGCACGGCGCGAAAGCGACCUGCAGCGACAUCACGGGCGCCUCGGUGCUCGCCAUCGCCGUCGAGGCCCCAGACACCACCAUGGCGAGCCUGCUCCUCGACGCGGGCGCCAAGCCCGACUCCAAGACCAUCUACGGCACGACAGUGCUCGCGGACGCGCUGUCGCGCGGCGGCGGCAGACGCCUUGACGCGGCGCGCCUGCUGCUCGACCGCGGCGCCAAGGGCGACAAGCAGGACAUGUACGGGCAGCCGCUGCUCAUCGGUGUCAUCAAGGACCCGCGCCUCUCCGCCGCCGACAAGGAGGACCUCUGCGCCCGGCUGCUCGCCAACGGGGCCAGCGCCGACGCCAGGGACGCGUCGCACGACGUCGCCGCGCCGUGUCACGCCCUCGAGGCCGACCUGCCGGGCGUGCUGGCCGCGCUGCUCGCGUACGGCGCCAAGACGAAGCACAAGAUGCGAGGCGGCGGCGGCGACGAGCCCAUGCUGCUGUGGGCGGCGGACAGGGGCCGGGCGGACGCCGCCCGCGCGCUGCUCGACCACGGGGCGGACCCGGACGCGGCCGACGCGCAGGGCCGCACGCCGCUCUUGCAGGCCCUCGUCCGCCAGGACUGGGACAUGGUCCGCCUGCUCCGCGGCGGCGGGGCGACGACGACGGCGGCCGUGGCCGACUUGGCGCGGGCGCUGAGCCGGCCCGAGGUGAUGGAAAUGCUGGGCCUCGCGGUGGGGAGCGAGCCCGGGACGUCGCGCCCGCCGGCGCCGGAUCCGGCGCCGGCGCCACCAGAGUAUAGUGCGGUGGCGGAGAAGUCGUAGAUGAGGAAGCACGCGGACGAUGAGGAUACCCGUGAUGCGUGCGUACAUGUCGAGACCAAGUAGUCUUGUAUGAUAGGCUCGCGUGUAGAUAUGCGACUAUACAUUAUAAUAGCUAUGCUCGUG